AUGGGAGAUGAAGAUUGGGAAGCAGAAAUCAUCAAACCUCAUGUGUCUUCUUAUGUUCCUGUAUUUGAAAAGGAUAAAUAUUCUUCUGGAGCAAAUGGAGACACUUUUAACAGGACUUCAGUUUCAUCACCAGAAAUGGACAACGGAUCUUCAAGGAAAGAUCCUUUCUUGAGGACUGGAUUUGGCUCUGGGAGAAGUUUGGGAAACAGAGAUGUUGGAGAGUUUAGUAAAAGAGAGACUAUACCCACAAUGGGUAGUUUUGGAAGUGGAAAAGGUUUUGGAAACAGAGGUUUUCCAAAUAAUAAGUUUGAAGAAGGUGAUAGCUCUGGUUUCUGGAAAGAGUCUAAUAAUGAUUGUGAAGAUAAUCAAACAUGGAACAGAGGGUUUUCCAAGAGAGGCGGCUUUCAAGAUGGAAAUGAAUCAGAAGCUUCCGGGCCACCCAGAAGAGGUGGAAGAGGUAGUUUCCGAGGUUGCCGUGGAGGAUUUGGUGGUAUAGGAAGACCAAGUAGUGAGAACAACGAUCAAGAUGAGGGAACACAGCGUGCCAGUGGUCUUUUUGGUUCUAGAAGACCAGCCUUAAGUGGUGCAGGUAAUGGUGACACUUUCCAAAGCAGAAGUGGUAGUGGUAGUGGACGAGGUGGUUAUAAAGGUUUAAAUGAAGAAGUAAUAACAGGCACUGGAAAGAAUUCUUGGAAGUCAGAAGCUGAAGGAGGAGAAAGUGGUGACGUUCAAGGACCGAAAGUAACCUACAUACCCCCUCCUCCACCAGAGGAUGAAGAUUCCAUCUUUGCACAUUAUCAGACAGGCAUAAACUUUGACAAAUAUGACACUAUUCUUGUAGAAGUAUCUGGACAUGAGGCACCACAAGCAAUUCUGACUUUUGAAGAAGCUAAUCUUUGUCAAACAUUGAGUAACAACAUUGCCAAAGCUGGUUAUACUAAGCUUACACCUGUGCAAAAAUACAGUAUUCCUAUUAUAUUAGCUGGACGAGAUUUGAUGGCUUGUGCUCAAACAGGGUCUGGGAAGACUGCGGCUUUUCUCUUGCCUAUAUUGGCUCAUCUGAUGCGUGAUGGAAUAACUGCAAGUCGCUUUAAAGAACUUCAGGAACCAGAGUGUAUUAUUGUAGCACCAACUCGAGAAUUGAUCAAUCAGAUUUAUUUGGAAGCCAGAAAAUUUUCUUUUGGGACUUGCAUCAGAGCGGUUGUUAUAUAUGGGGGAACCCAGUUAGGUCAUUCAAUUCGACAGAUAGUACAAGGCUGUAAUAUAUUAUGUGCCACACCUGGGAGACUGAUGGAUAUCAUAGGUAAAGAGAAGAUUGGACUCAAACAAGUCAAGUAUUUAGUUUUGGAUGAGGCAGAUCGCAUGUUGGAUAUGGGCUUUGGACCAGAAAUGAAGAAGCUGAUUUCUUGCCCAGGAAUGCCAUCAAAAGAACAACGUCAAACCCUUUUGUUUAGUGCUACUUUUCCAGAAGAAAUUCAGAGGUUGGCUGGGGAGUUUUUAAAGUCAAAUUAUUUGUUUGUUGCUGUUGGACAAGUGGGUGGAGCAUGUAGAGAUGUUCAACAAAGCAUUCUUCAAGUUGGCCAGUACUCAAAAAGAGAAAAACUUGUUGAAAUUCUACGAAACAUAGGUGAUGAGAGAACUAUGGUCUUUGUUGAAACUAAGAAAAAAGCAGAUUUUAUUGCAACCUUUCUUUGUCAAGAAAAAAUAUCAACUACAAGUAUUCAUGGUGAUCGAGAACAGAGAGAGAGAGAGCAAGCUCUUGGAGAUUUUCGCUAUGGAAAGUGUCCAGUUCUUGUUGCUACUUCGGUGGCUGCCAGAGGAUUGGAUAUUGAGAAUGUUCAACAUGUUAUCAAUUUUGAUCUUCCUUCUACCAUUGAUGAAUAUGUUCAUCGAAUUGGACGUACUGGGCGUUGUGGGAAUACCGGCAGAGCAAUUUCUUUUUUUGAUCCUGAAUCAGAUAACCAUUUAGCACAGCCUCUAGUCAAAGUACUGUCAGAUGCUCAACAGGAUGUUCCUGCAUGGUUGGAGGAAAUUGCCUUUAGUACAUAUGUUCCUGGCUUCAGUGGUAGUACAAGAGGAAAUGUGUUUGCAUCAGUCGAUACUAGAAAGAAUUUCCAGGGCAAGAGCACUUUAAAUACAGCCGGAUUUUCUUCUUUACAAGCUGCGAAUCCAGUAGAUAAUGAUUCAUGGGAUUAAAGCAAAAAACAAACGACCAAAAAAUGCUUCAAGUAUGGUUUUGAUGGAGAGAAGAAAAGUUUUGAUUUUUAAAUUUUUAACAGAAGUGUGAAAUCUGACAUUAUAACUCUUAUCCUUCUGUUCUCCUACCCUUAAAAAAACUAUGCAAACUAGUUAUG